AUGUCAAUGGACGCAGAUUCUCAAUUCAACAAUUCUCGUGAAGGUAGCUGUGAUAAAAAUCAGUAUGAUGUCGAAAAUAAAUUACCAGAUACCAACUGUCUUAUUAAAGGGCGACAGUUUUCAUUCGCAGUUGGCCGUCAAAUUGCACGUGGAAGGAUGGGUGCAGUAUAUGAAGUUCUUCGAAGAUCAGAUGGCAGAUGUUUUGCAGCCAAACUUGAGGUCUGUGAUGCACAUUUUCAUGGAAUUAAUAUGGAUUACACUAUAUUAAGCCAAGCAACAAAAGCAAACUGUAAACAUAUUACUAAAUUAAUUGAUCGCGGCAAAAUCGAAGGACACUUCAAAUUCAUAGUUAUGAGCUUGUUAGGUGACAAUCUUCAUAAAUUACGUUUAACGUUUGUGGAACGUCAUUUCUCCCUAUCAACUGCUUUGCGGCUUGGCAUACAAACUUUGGCAGCCCUAAAUGAAUUGCACACUCUUGGUUUCGUCCAUCGCGAUGUUAAGGCAUCAAAUUAUGCCCUGAAUGGUGAUCGUGGGCCUAUCGUUGUCUAUUUAAUAGAUUUUGGGCUAUGUCGAGCAUAUCGUAACUCAGAAAAAGAAAUAAAACCAGCUCGUGAUAAGGCACAAUUUAGGCAAGUUAUAUGGAUAUAUAUUAACGAUUUAUAUGUCGAAAAAAAUUCUAAAUUAGGAACGACUCGUUACGCUUCAGUAAAUGCGCACAACGAGAUGGAUUUGUCACCGCGUGAUGAUUUAGAAUCUUGGUUUUACAUGCUGAUCGAAAUGAUCUGUGGAUUUUUACCUUGGAGUGAUCUUCAUAAAAACGAGCGCUCUGAAGUCAAAAAAAUGAAAGAGGAAAGUCGAACUCAUGAUGGAAUACAAGUUUUACUAAAAGGAUGCCCAAAGACUGAGUUCCGUAGAAUCCUUCAGUACAUCGAUGGAUUAGUCUAUCAUAGCCAACCGGAUUAUAAUUUCUUAACACAGUUAUUGCAAUUAGCCAUGAAAAACAAUGGGCUUAAAAUGGAUGAUCCAUAUGACUGGCAAGAGUAA